GCCCAAUCGUACAAUGGGAGCGAUUUAAAGCCACCUACCAAUCGUAUUUGCAUGGAUUUGCGACAGAGAAAAACCGUUGACCAGGACAACAAAUCAAAGCCGCCAAGCCAACGCGGUCGGUGAGUGCACUUGCAAAUGAUGCGGACUACUUGGAAUCUUACACGUCACCUUCCACCGCAACUCAGAGCAGCAUUCUACAGUACAAUAUCUUCAAUGUCGUUCUUCCCAUAUAAGAGAGCCACGAUCCCACAAUGAACGGCGACACGAGUGCGCUGGACAAACUGUCGGCUCACAUUGCCAGAGCGAUCGUGCAGCAAAUCGCGACGGUUAGCGCGUCAGGGCACACACCACCGGCCGUGUGCAAGCUCGACCUGAAAGGCUAUAUCGAUGGUGAUGUUUCGUCGUCUAUUGACUUUGGCAGUUUUGACAUUUCGCCGCUGAUUGAGAGUGCGCGGAGUUCUGUGGCUGCAGAAACACAUCUUGAGUCUUCUGUCGAGAGGAUACAGGAGUCGCAGGCUAGAGCAGGGCAUGAGGCUGUGCCUUCUGGGGAAUAUGUGCCUAGACGGAGUAGUCGGUCACGACGUGCUAUGAAUAAUGACUCGGAUUCGGAAACAUCGAAACGUCGAAAAAUCACUGGAGGACUAAGGCUACAACGACCGACUGGAUCAGCGCAUCAGAGCAUGUCUCCUGAGGUCGGUGAUAGUGAGCAAGCACCUGUACGUCGGCUUCAGACAGAUGUCCGGGAGAAACCGCAGAGACGAACAGCGCGAGAUGAACCAGCAUUGCGACCUUCCACGCUCAAUAAAUUGAUUGUAGGGAUCUGGGAGCAGGUGUUUAGUAGCAUGAGCUUCGACAUAAGUGUCGUCUCUAGCGAAUGGCGAACAACCGGAUUCCAGACCCAUCGAUCUCUCAUCACGGACAUGGCACAAGAAGACCAGCCGACGGCUGUACAAGUACCACCGGCCACAGCACCGGACCGAACUUUCAGCCGCAUGAACUUGUUGUGUCGAAAGAUCAGCCAAGCCAGUCGCUGCUCGCGAGCACUUGAAGUCGUAGUCCAGGCUUCAUGGAUUGAGCAUUUUGAUCGCCAGGUGCAGGAGAUUGCUAAGGAUAAUCCUCAACUAUCAGCCACUAAAGCGAGAAUGAAGGCACUCGCGCAAGCAUGUUCUGAAAUUGGCUGGAGCGAGAAAGAGAUACGAAACAAGAUGGCUAUUUGGCGCGGAUACAAAGAGAUCAAAGACCAUGGUGGCUGGGUAUGUCUAGUUUUUGCAGGCAUGGGCAUCUACAGAUUCUGCAAAUACCGCAUUGGGUUUGAUCCCGAGUCAAUGGCUAUCCUUAGGCGGACAAGGACUAGAUUUGAGGUGGCCGCGGACACACUGCAUCCGCACUGGCGAGAUAUGCUAACGAUCGUCGGUGACACAUCCCCCCGUGUCUAUACUGGGCAUCCACACGACUGGGUAGUCUCGGACCACGACGACCCGGUAUCCUUGAAACAAACCUACCUACAAUACGACCCGAACUUUAGCUUUACCCAUAUGGACUCAUCCAUCGUGGAUUCAUACGCUUUCGGAGCGGACGAUCCACGCCAAAUCACCGUACACUCACAUCAAGCAGCUCACAUCUGUACCGUCUGCGGAGAGAAACAAUCGGAAGAUGUGACAGAAAGCACUUGUUGUUGUUUCCCGAACCUCUUUGGAAGCGAUCAGUUACCAAUUGCACCUGUUCAGAUCUUCCGCACCAAGAACGGACGCAAUAACGGGUUACUAGCAUGUUGUUGCCCACCACAGCCCUUCGAACGUGGUGUCGCAAUCGGCGAAUUUACAGGCCUCAUUACAAAAGGUCUCGAAGGCAUGGACGUCAUGCAAGCAGAAGCAGAACAACGCUACCAAAUCUACCAAGGCCGAGAAGGAAACUACACUCGUUUCGUUAACCACUCUUGCCGCCCCAACUCGCAGUUUCAGAGAUUCGUGUGGUUGGGUACGCAGAGGAUUAUCUUGGUGAGUAGGGGUAUUGAGGCUGGUCAGGAGAUUACGGUAGAUUAUUCGGAUGCUUAUUGGCGCAAUUUGCCUAAGACGUGUUUGUGUCAGGAGAGCUGUUGUAGGUUUAAGGAUAGGGAGAGAGUGCAGCCGAGGAUCGAGACUGCUUCACCGAGUACGUGA